CUCGGGAGGGAGCAGGGUGCAUCACACCUGCUUUCCCACAUCUUCACGCUGAGCUGAGCUGCUCAGCCCUGUGGGUGGAGCUGCAGCAGGUGCUGCCAGGGCCAGUCCCUGAGUCAUCAAACCUGCUGGCUCUUGUACCACAUCUCCUUCCAUCUCGUGUUCAUGUCCAAGCCCUCAUCCAUGCAGUCUCGACCCGGCAUUUACUUACAGCCAGGCUCUCCUGCCUCCACCAUCACCAGGCUAAUCUUUCUAAACCCAGUACGUGGGCCUCUCACUGUUGUGGCCCCUCCCGUUGCGAAGCACAGGCUCCGGACACGCAGGCUCAGCAGCCAUGGCUCACGGGCCCAGCUGCUCCGCGGCAUGUGGGAUCUUCCCAGACCGGGGCACAAACCCGUGUCCCCUGCAUCGGCAGGCGGACUCUCAACCACUGCGCCACCAGGGAAGCCCAGUACUGCAUAGUUUAUGGGAGUACGACUGUCUUGGAGAGCUCUAGAUCUGCCCCCAGCCCCAAACAUGGGCAGGGUGGAUGCCACUUACAGUGCAAGCUUGCCUUAUCUGAAUGGAGAAUCCUGUGCCCUUGUGCAAGAGCCGACACGUGUGUUUCACAUUUCUUAAGUUCGUUUUGUUGCUUUGUUCAAGCCACAGGCUCAAGUGGGCUCAUAAUCCCCAUCCCAGACAGACUGGAAGUUGCAUCUGCCAGACACAUUACUCGGGCACCCGAGUUCAUGCAGAGACACUUACUUGUUCAAUUCCUGACUUUUAGCCCUGCCCCACCCUGCAGCUGCCUUCAAGUCCCAGCACUGAUAGACUGAGUAGAAGUGGGAGUCAGAAGAAGUAUGAGAACUCAGGACUGCAGAUUCAGAGACUGUGACAGGCUGUGGGAUGACUCUACCCCAGCCUCAGCCCAAGAGCCCUGGAAUUCCAGGACUUUACCUACCAUCACCAAGGAUAUGGCUGGCCACCUGAGACCAUGGGUGAAUGUGCCACGAAGUGCCGGGAGGUUCCCAAACUCCGUGCAGGGCUCCUAAUUUGAAUAUAAGGAAGCAAGACUAGGAUGUGUUUCUACUUAUUUUAGGGAGUGGAACUCAAAUCAGUCAUUAGUACUCUGUACACACAGAGAGUGACUGUGAUGAGGCUUAAAGCGGAGGGGAAGAGCUAGUAAUAAUAUAGUACUAGUGAUGCUGAUAAUGACAGUAACUACCAAGCGUGAAGAUUACCUUUGUGCUUAGCAGUAUGCUAAACAUUCACUUCUUUCAUUUAAGCCUCACAAUAAUCCUAUGAUGUGCAUGCUAUUACUAUUUCCAUUUUACGGAUGGAGAAACUGAGGCUUCAAGGCAUGAGCUGCUUUCCCAAAGUCAUACAAAUGUUAAGUGCAGAAGUAGGAUCUGAAUUCCAGCAGUCUUACUCCGGCAACCAUACUGUGGAAGCCGGCGAUGCCUCCUUAAGCCCUCUCUGGGCUUGGAGAGGAUGUCCUCCCUGAUGGACCGGAGCAUGCCAGCCCCUGUGGCUGGUGUGGCAUUCUGAAAGGCUGUCUGGCAAGUUUUGCUUGCUCUGGUUUCUCACUAAAACAACCUUUGGAUUUGGCUUCCCAGGCGACUCACAUACAGGAAAAGAGGGCCAUGACCUGCCAACAUGACAGCUGUAUUUUUCACUAGUAACUUAAUAAACUGGCUGCCUGGGUUCACAUACAUACCUGUUUCUGACAGCUUGGUUAAGGUGAGCCCACCCCAGAGCUGAGGCCCACCAUGUGCCAACUUAAUUGAGAUUCUGGGCAUGCAAGCGUAGCCCCCAGCUGAGGCCUCUGUGCCAAGGAAAUUCCUCUUGGCCUCCUUUUGGCUGGUUUGGCCCGCCUUCCCCACUGACAGUCUGGCUCUUUGGAUUCGAGCUGCCUGGUCAAACUGUGAGGGUCUGCAGAAAGAAGGAAGCAACAGUGCCAGGUUCCAGUGCGUGUUCCAAGUUCCACAUUCUGCCUACAGACGCCCGGCGCCAGAGCAAAGGCUGGCCCUUGGCAGUGGACUGCUCAGAAUGUGGAACUCUGGAGACACUCCUGAAACUCUGCCCUAAGUCAAAGGAACCAGAGAGUCCACCAGUUCUCCCUCCACCUCCCUUUCCAGGAGCAGCCAUGGCCCUGAGUGAUGUCAAUGUGCAGAAGCAGAUUAAGCAGAUGAUGGCUUUCAUUGAGCAGGAAGCCAACGAGAAGGCAGAAGAGAUAGAUGCCAAGGCUGAGGAAGAGUUCAGCAUUGAGAAAGGACGCCUUGUGCAAACCCAGCGACUGAAGAUUAUGGAGUAUUAUGAGAAGAAAGAGAAGCAGAUAGAGCAGCAGAAGAAAAUCCAGAUGUCUGCCAUGAGGAAUCAGGCAAGGCUGAAAGUCCUGAGAGCCCGAAACGACCUCGUCUCAGAGUUGCUGAAUGAUGCAAAGCUGAGACUCAGCAGGCUCGUGGCAGACCCAGUAUUUUACCAGGGGCUGCUGGAUAAACUAGUGCUCCAGGGUCUGCUCCGACUGCUGGAGCCCGUGGUGAUUGUACGCUGCAGGCCGCAGGACCUCCUCCUGGUGGAGGCUGCAGUGCAAAAAGCCAUCCCUCAAUACACGACAGUCUCCCACAAACGUGUGGAAGUCCAAGUUGACAGAGGGGUGCAACUGGCUGCAGAUGCGGCUGGAGGUGUGGAGGUCUACAGUGGUGAUCAGAGAAUAAUGGUUUCCAAUACUCUGGAAAGUCGACUGGAUCUCUUAUCCCAGCAAAAGAUGCCAGAAAUACGAAAGGCCUUGUUUGGAGCCAGUGCCAACAGGAAGUUCUUUCUAUAAGCCUCUAGGAAGUGAAGCUCAUGUUGAAUUUCUAAGCUAUAAAAGCAUGAGUUAUUAGGACAAAGGAAACCAGUAAUAUCUCCUCCUCUUUUUUGCUCUGGUAUUAGUCUGUCUUCAUGAAAUACCCUUUGACUAGCUAAAGGCAUUACACUUUGGAAUAAAGCCUGACUUAGUGCUUAGCAACCUAUUUCCAAUUUAUCUAUACAUAUUACA